UUGUAUGCGGGUAUGCUUGCUGGAUUUGAGGUAGAGAUUCUGAUGCUCAGCGACACCACAGUUUCUGGCGACGAGAAAGUUGACCCACGAAGCAAAGAAGACAGCAACAGGCAGCACAACAAAAGCAAGAGACUUCGCAUCAGCCCGUCAGAACACAAGGCUUAGGUAACGUCAUGGAGACUCCUUUGCCACCCUUUCCAGCAUUUGACCCACAUUCCGACGUGUCGUCGUUAUCACAAAGAUGGUUGAAGUGGGUAGCCCGCUUUGAAAAUUUCCUGCUAGCCGCCAACGUCACUAACGAGGCACGCAAGAGAGCCAUGUUGCUGCACUACGCCGGUGAAGAAGUAUAUGACGUCUUCCAAACACUUUCCAACACCGGGACAGAUUAUGACACUGCGAUUGCACGACUCAAGGAACAUUUCGCACCAAAGCGAAACACCGUGUACGAACGCCAUGUGUUUCGGCGAGCCCGGCAAGAAGUCCGCGAAACACUGGACCAGUUCCAGGUCAGAUUGAGACGUCUUGGAGCGACAUGCGAAUUUUCCGAGAUUGAGAGGGAAAUUGUCUCACAAAUCAUAGAGGGAACCACGUCAAGCAGAUUAAGGAGAGUAGCACUCAGAGAAUCGGACAUUACACUCGACCAACUUAUGAAGCUGGGAAGAAGCAUCGAGACUACAGAGAUGCAAGCAUCCAACAUAGAAACACCUUCAGAGACGCACACAGUUCACAAUGUAAAGGAGAAAAAAUUUAACCGUAGAGGUCGGCCACAAGAGAAGAGUGAUCAACGUGGUCGAGGGGGAACACAGAAGUGCUUUGGCUGCGGCGGAAGGUGGCCCCAUGAAGGCGGAAAGACAAACUGUCCUGCUUGGGGAGCGAGGUGUCACAAAUGUCAGAAGGGCAACCAUUUCGCGAAGUGGUGCAGAGCGACCACAUUGCCUAAGGAACCGGUGGGGUCCGUGAACGUGUUGUCCACGCGUUCAAAAGUUUCAAGCUCAGAAGAGUCUGUGUUUCACGUACAGGGCUGCACGAAGCUCCCUGUCGUUAGAGUAACGGUUAACGAUAGGCCCCUGGACUUCUUCCUGGACACUGGAGCAGGAGUCAAUGUGAUAGGUGAACAGACCUGGAGGACGCACUUAAAAGGCCGACUGGAAGAGACAACGACUCGUCUCGUCCCGUAUGGAAUUACAGAGGCGAUUCCGGUCAUGGGAACAUUCAAGGCUACGUUCAGAGCCAGGGAUAAGCAAACUCAAGCGCCCGUAUAUGUCGUCGAAGGAUCACAUUCAUCAUUACUGAGCUACGAAACGGCCAGAGAGCUCAUGCUCAUCGAUAUCGUACGAACAAUAUCCCAGAAGACAUCGGUAGACGCAAAAAGAUAA